AUGGCGGCAAGUGACGAAUUGCUCGCCGACGCAGAAGGCUCAACAGCGAGCGUCGUCCUGGGUAAAAAUAACGGCGUGAAUCGCGCAGAGAUACGAAGAAUUGGGAGCGCUCUGCCCUUCCCCAGUUCCCUCGUCCUUGGCGUCCCCCAUCGAGCCCACGUCCUUAAUACAAAUGGUCGGCGCAAGCCGCAUCUCCUCACCCCCAGAGCGAGUAACAAUUAUAUCCUGUCGGUUGCUCUCGCCGUCGAAGUUACUCUUUCUGCGUCUAUCUCCACGCCACGGCUCCGCAAUCCCAAUCUUCCCCUACCUUCCAGACAAGCUAACGCAUCCAUUCUACCCCGCAUUCUGGCCGAUGAGGUGAUGCUCUCUGAGCACGCAGGCAAAGACGCGCGAAAAGCGGUGGCGAGAGCAACGACGAAUCGUACUCGACAAGAGGGACUGAGUGGGAUGUGCGGCGAUGCGAAGAUCGGGGCGGAUGAGGUAUUGAGACAAGAUGUAGAGGACGCAAGCGAGAGAUACGGAUGCAAUAGCUGCACCAGUCCAGGGCGUGAUGGGCUCGGAGGUGCCGUCCUCCUUCCCUUCUGCAUUGGCAAGGGGGAAGGACUCGGCGAAGGAGAAGGUGGUUGCGACUCUGCACUUGGAGGGUUGUUGGGUAGUAAAGUCAUACCUGCUGAUGAGGACCCUACCGGAGGGUCUGGGAGUGCCGUCGAUGGCACCGGCUUCGGGGAGGGUAUAUUUCGCAAGACUUUCGUGAAGGUACGGCAACACGAGUAUGCAACAUGGAUCAUGAGGACGUACAAAUCACCGUUCAGCUCUGAGGUUCAGAACGUCCAGCUGGUCGAUCGUGACAACGUGGAAGUUGUCCGCUUGUUAGAAAGCUGCUUGCGAGAUUCGAAAUACAAAAAUGACUUCAACUCGAGUCCGCAGUGUAAAGUGACAGGCAGAUGGCUCGUCGUCGAUAUCGUCGAGGGUACAGUGUUUGGGGAUGUAUGCAAGAGAUCCAAGUGAAAAAAGGAGAGUAGCCAGAGGGCAGGCACCGGUGGACAUUGCAUAGCGAGUGCCUCUUGAAAGGAAGAGAAGCUGAGGGACUGGACCCCAUUCAAGACGGAACAAGACACCGAAGCUUCAUCAUUAAACCCCACGCUCCACGUACCAGAAUUAACGACAGGCGUUGGUCCCAUUAGCCCGUGAUGGAUGAAGUUGGUCAAGCAGAGCUGCCGAGGGCCAGAGAAUCCAGAUUGAAGAGCGGUCACGUGGCAUGGCGACGGAGGCUCCGUACCGGCUAUUCCGGGCUGAGCUGCCCUCCC